AUGCUGAAUCGUCAUCUCAAGUGCCAUAACCAGGUUAAAAGACACCUCUGCACCUUCUGCGGCAAAGGGUUCAAUGACACCUUCGACCUGAAGAGACAUGUAAGGACUCACACAGGAAUUCGUCCAUACAAGUGUGAAAUCUGUAACAAAGCCUUUUACCCAACGCUGUUCUCUGGAAUCUCACCUAAAAAAAAUUCAUGGUGUGCAGCAAGGCUACGCGUACAAGCAGAGGAGGGACAAGUUAUUUGUUUUGUGAGGAGUGUGGCUACACUGGACCCCCCAGGAGGAUUUAUACCUGCAUGUUUACACAACAGCCACCCCGGCAGCGCCUUUCUCAAGAAAACCACCAAAAAACUGGCAGCUCUUUUGCAACACAAAAUCACAUCUGUGCUGCAGGUCAGUCCCAUAAAUGAAGAAGAGAACCAGUGA